AUGCCAGCCGCCACCAUCCAACAGAUCCUCGACGACGGCGACUUCAAAGAACCACUAGAGCUAGACCAUACUGAUCUUCACUAUCGUGGUAAUGAAGCUUGGGAGCAGGAAGAUAGAGACGACCCUGAGACGAGGUUUAACGAGGCCAUGGCCGUGCACGACAUUGCUGCUGCGUAUGUGUACUUGUGGGAGUUCUCGACUCGCGCCAGGUGGCGACAAGGCCAUCACGAAGCGACAUAUCUGCAGAGCCUUGAUGAGAAAGGGCGAAUUCGCUAUCAGAUCCAGACCGUCUGCGAGGCCUACAAGGAAUAUCGCGUACUCGACAAAGAAAGACUGUUCGUUGUCGGCUAUCAGAUUGAACAGAACAGGCUCGUUGAAGAUGAGCUCCUUACCAGCGAGCUUAACGCGCUGAUAGUGCUUGCUACCAAAUACGACAUGGACCCAACCUAUCUAAAAUCUGAUGAGUUUAUUGUUACCGUCAUCACCGGAUGCGACCGCCAGGUGCGCGUUGCACAGAGUCGAGUGAUUCUAGCACGCAAGAAAUUGACGUGA